AUGGUACUGAAUGCUGCAGUAAAAAUGCGCCUUGCGGACACGGCGCUGCUGGAGGAGCUUGCUGCUCACGUGCAGCGGCUGGUGCGGCGAUCCCGGCUCCCCGUGAGGGACCUGGCCGUGGUGGCGCAGGGCUUUGCAUGCGCCGCCUACACAGACUCAACGCUGUUUGCUACUUUAGCAGAAGAGGCGAUGAAUGGCCUGGGGGAAGCAACUAUCCUCGAUAUGGCCCGUUUGCUGCAGGCCUUCGCCUCUGCUGCUGCGCAGCGGUGCCCUCAUGAAAUGCUUGCAGCAGCUGCUGCAGCAGCAGGAGGCGUGACGACGAACAGCAGCAGCAGCAGCAGCAGCAUUAGCAGUAGCGACAGCAGCAGCAACAGCAGCAACAGCAGCGAGGAGGUUGCUUGUGCUGCUCCUCAUAGACGUCUGUUCAAUGCCUGUGUAGAGGCUGUCUCCGAGCGCAUUGCCUUUGCCUCUCCUGCGGAUCUGGCGGUUGCAGCACAGGCCUUUGGCUUGGCGCUGCUGCAGUCUCAAGGGACAGACGCAGAAGCUCUGCAGGCUGUCUUGCAGCAUAUCAGGUGA